UUUCGUGAAUCGAUCAAAAUCGAAGAAGAGCUAAGAUUUCACUUUCUGCAGAUCGAAACCCUAAUUUGUUUUCUCAGUUUCUCCUUCCUUGUAGAAUCCGCCGCGUUUUAUUUUUCUCCUUUUUUUUUAACCGAUGGAUUGUGGAAUCCCCUCGUAGAAGAAGAACCCUAAGCUGUCGAAGAGCUCAGAGAUUGUUUAGUACACGAUGAAGCUGCUGAAUCCUGAGAUUCGUUGUUAGGUUUGGUUAGGGUUGGAUGAUGCGUCUUCGUUGAUUGAAUACUUCAGAUCCACUGUUUUUUUUUUUUUAACAAAGACUAGAGUAGAGCAAAGCAACUUGAUUGAUUAGGUGUUUCGUUGGACUUGUCCGGCUAACAUCUUGUGGGCUUAUACAAUGAGUAUAGCAAAUGAGCAACAGUUUGCCAUGGAUGUCAACAACACCAAUGAUGACGAAUCCACAAAGAAACCAAGAGUUUCAUACACGAGGAAGUUUCUUUUAUCGUUAAGCGAUAAGGAUGUUUGUAAGAAGCUCCCAAAUCUUCCCUCUGAGUUUAAUGAUUUACUCUUGCGUGACUCUGAAGAUCCUUCACCCGAGCGACCGAGAAUCUCUGGUGGUUUGAGGCGGAAUGACUACAGCUCAUCGCCUCCCACCAGGGGUGAGUUUGGUGGUAACUCUCGGGGUACUCAUGGAAGAUGGGAAGGGCGUUCUGGUGGAUGGAAUGAUAAAGAUAGUGAUUCUUCACAUUCAGACCGGGACCCAGGUGAGCCUGGGAGGCGUUCUGGCAUGCCAUCUCGGAGGCCUUGGCAAGCACCGGAGCAUGAUGGACUUCUUGGGAAAGGUUCUUUCCCCAAGCCUUCUGGACUUGGUGCGGGACCAGCUGGGCCCAAGCCCCCUCAAUCUGAUGACUCAUAUCAGCUGCGUAGAAGCAAUGAACCUUACCAUCCUCCUCGCCCAUACAAGGCCGCACCUUACACUCGACGUGACACUAGAGACUCAUUAAAUGAUGAGACGUUUGGUUCUUCUGAAUCUACAAAUGAUGAUAGAGCAGAAGAAGAAAGAAAAAGAAGAGCUUCUUUUGAGUUGUUGAGGAAGGAACAUCAAAAAGUAUUCCAGGAGAGGCAAAAGUCAAACCCAGACCUACGUAAAAACGACUUUGAUUUUACGGAACUGCUUGGGGAGUCCAAAGAUGAAAAAGAGCGUCCAAGCAGAAGCGAUGAGGUGAACAACAAUCCAUCAAUUCCUGGUUCAAAUAACCACUCGACUCCUCCUCAAAGUAUUGCACCCAGACCGCUUGUACCUCCUGGUUUUGCAAGCACAAUUUUGGAAAGAAAGCAAGGGGAAAAACCUCAAACUGAAACUUCUCAACAUGAACGUAGUCCUUUGGUUCCCAAAGGCAUUAAUGUGGUGAAUGAAGAAAAGCCGUCGGUAUUUAGGAUAGGCUCAAGUGAGAUGCCGGUAGAAGGUGAAGCUUGUUUCAUUUCUACGAUGUCUACAACUAUAAUUAAUAAUAAUGACAAAAGUUUUGAAAAACUUUCCACCAUCGCAGCUGCUGGUGAAGCUCCAGGAUAUCCUAGAAAAGUUGAGCAAGCUACAGUGAAGUUGGACCAGAAGAAAAGCUUGGAGAUUUCGGAUGAGCCGUCCAUUCUGGAUAAGAUAUUCAACACCGCUAUAAAUUUGAAUAGUGGCGAUUCCUCUAAUAGUACUCAGAAAAUUGUCGAAAAAGUAGAAGAGAUUCGGAGCCCUCAGACUGUUAAAUCCUCAAAGUUCGCACAUCUGUUUCUUGAAGAAGAUAACAAGCCAGUCGAAGAUCUUCCAUCCAGCAAGCCACCAAGAGGCUUACUAUCACUACUUCAAGGUGCAGAUAAGUUGCAAACCUUUGAGACAGGUGCUAAGGAUGAACAUUCGAUGGAUUUUCCUUAUCAAGGUCAUGUCACUAAAAACACUGAUAAGUUAAGCAACACUUGCGCAACUAAAUCAGUAAAAGCUGCUCCACCUGUUCUCACUUGUGAAGAUCUUGAGCAGUCUAUUCUGUCAGAAGUCAGUGAAACCUAUCAUCCUCCUCCUCCAGCGCCAGUUGACCAAGACUUGAGUGUUUCUUCAGUGAAGAAGACCAACCAAGGGAAACCAUCUGUUGAUAACCAAGCUUCACAGCACCUUCUUUCUUUGUUACAGAGAAGUGCAGACCCGAUUAGUCAAGAUACGCAUCUACUUUCAGUCACAGAGAGUAGACCACCACCGUCUGUGAAACCACCUACAGCUGGAGAAGCAGACCCGGAGAAGUCUCUUACCCUUGAGAAUCUAUUUGGGAGUGCCUUCAUGAACGAACUGCAGUCAAUUGGAGAACCUGUCUCUGGAAGAACUACGGUUUCUGAUGUGCCUGGGAUCCCGCUUCGAUCAGACAGAUCUAUUGGUGAACUGAGCCAAAGAAAUCAAAUCAGACCUGACGGUCUCCUCGGUGGGCUACUAGGCCUUCCAGAAGAUGGUAACUUACUUGCAGUUGGCGAUCCUGCAAACCCACAAAGUUACAUGUCUUUUUCAGGACCUCGUAAUCAGAAGCCUGAAGUAGCUUUCAACAUCUCUGACAAGCUAGCUGCUUUAAACUCUGGUCAAAGGAACGAAAGACCAACAUUGGGAGGUCCAGAUGGUCCUUUUCUGCACCAUCAUCCCCAACAACACGCAGCCAACCCUUCUCCUCACUUGAAUGGUUCAGGCCCGGGUUUCCAUCCUUUGGAUACUCGACAUGCUCAUAUAAAACCUCAGCUCGAUUUCAUGGGCCAAGGAAGCAUCAUAGCUCAACAUCAGGGUCCUCCACCAAACAUGAUUCAUCGCCCACCUUUGCAUCAUUCAACUAGUGGCGUUCCGGAGUUUGAUCGCCUUCCUCCACAUAUGCAGCAGAAGAUGCAUAUGCAAGACAACUUGCAACGCCAUCAUCUAAUGCAAGGAUUCCCCGGUGGUGGUCCACCACACCAUCACUCUCCUCAUGUAAACAACCAAAUGCCUGGUCUCAUCCCCGAGUUAAAUCCAUCACAAGGCUUCCCCUUCGCCCAUCACCAGCCCAACUACGGUAUGCCACCACCAGGUUCUCAAGGCAACAGAGUGGAACAUCCAGCUUCACUGAAUACGCUCUUAGGGAUUCAUCAGAGGAUGGACCCAUCCAAGCAGCCUCCGGCAAUGGGUCAAGCCGGUGGUCCUAAUCGUCAGGGAUCUAUGGGUCAGGAACUCGACCUUGGCUUUGGCUAUAGGUAAUUCUGCUCUGCUCACAAUCCCCUUUACAGCUUACACUAAGUUGCUUUGUGAUGUGCAAAGUAGUCAAAUUAUCAUUUGAAGAACAAAAAAAAGAGAGAAAAAAAAUGUGAACUGUCUUUUCUAUUGGUGCUUGUGAUAUUUGGAUGCUUUUAAUUAACAGUAGUAGAUUUGAUGACUUUGGAGUCCUUGUGGUUGCUAUUAUCUAGUUUCAUGUUUCUGUU